AUGCCGCUACCCAGACCAGCCGCCUUCCGGGGCGCCCUCCAGACCUUUUCUCUGAAACGUGCGGGAACCCAAGCUCGAACUAGUCUUCGUGGAGUUGGUCGGAGGACUUAUGCCACCGAGCAUGGCGCACACAAGAGUAGUGACAUUCCCUGGCUAGUCGGCUCCCUCGUCGUGACUGUCCCAGCUGCGGGUUGGUUGUUGCAACAAGGACCUCAAAAGUCCGACCAUGGCCACGGCUCCCAUACCAAGGAGAAGCACGAGGAAGCUCCUCCUGAAGCGUCAAAGGAAGAAGAAGAAGAAGAACCCGCAAAGGAAGAUACAGAGGGCACAAAGGAAGGAGGAAAAGAGGAAGAGAGCCAGGACGAGGGUAGAGAAGAGUCCGCUAGCGAGGGGGACGAUAAAGAAACAACUCCCAAAGGGACUGCAUUACCAGAGGACCAAGCCAAACAGUCUGAGGAGAAGGGCGCCAAAGACGCCCAAGGUGAUGUUUCUGGAGCAAACAAUCCCUUCAUGGGCGAGGCAGACAGAAGCAAGAAACCCGAGGGUAUGGAUGCGACGGCGAAGCUUCACGGAACCGUUGAUACCUCACAGCGGUCCAGUAAAGGCCACCACGAGACGGGUCAGAAGGAUGACUGA